CCUACGGGAAACAUUGUCGUAAUGUCGUAGUGUUCGAUUGACAGGGACCCGGGAAAGAGGUAAGGGAUUCGCGGUUUUAUUCCCGGCGAGUGAAUUCGACGAUUCGAUGGUCGGCCUGUCGUUUAAUGCGUGUGAACGAUGAUAAGUCGCUUCAAGGAAAUGAAUAUCGGAGUUAUGAAUAUGGAAGAGCGUUUUAAUUACGAGGGGAGACAAAAUGUACUCUCUUACCUGAUAGCAAUAGAAGAAGAAGAAAACGGAGGAAACUGGAGAAAGACAAACUCGAAGUUGGAGAAAAAGGAGGGUAGGAGGAGGCUGGACAGUGAUUUCGUCCAUCUCGAUAGACGGAGAAAACGGCAGGUGUUCGUUGCGGAGCAGCUGCAAUCACGACCACCAUCUGCCGCAGUAAUGCACGCCUCUUCCAAGUCUUCCAGUCUUGGAGAAGCGAGACUCGUUGCCUGAGGCAUCCAUCCUCAAUUAGACGCCACCUGAAACACGUGCCCUUCUCGAAUCCAUGGAUUUCGAUGGCUUCUUUCUUCUCCACCUCCUUAUCUCCUUCUUUUUCUCAUUCCUCUUCUUGCUCGACUUCGCUCCUCUUUACCGGUUCUCUGCUUCGUAUCUCCACGUUCCAAGGCUUCCUUUCUUUUUUCGACGCCACGCGUCAUUAUCCUUCGCUUCCUGGUAUAGUGCCGAUGUCAUCGAUCACCGAUCCCCGUUUUUCGCGGCGACAGUUGGCAAGCACCAGGCUUUGCGUAAGCGUAAAAACAGCCCUGACACGUGCUGUCGUUGAAAAUGUGAAUCCGAAUAAGAGAUCCUGGAUAUCAUGUUACCGCUUGAUGAUUAUCUGGUCCGCAAGUUAACCUUUCGAAAUAAAGUUGCUAAUUUUCUAAGAUCAA